GAUUAUUUUUUGAUAAAAAUAUUUUUUGAUAACUACAAUAAUUUAUUCCAUUUCAGUUACCGCCCUACUUUCAUAAGGAUACCAAUCAUGGGCAGGCUGGAAGUCCUUGGUUCGUUUUUAAUAGCAUUCCUAUUUACAACGUCAGGAUUAUGUGAGGACAUACCCUGCGCCGACCGCGAUGUGGGCAUCGAAGGCAGGUCCAUAGUCUGCGUUUGCAACGCGACGUACUGCGAUACCAUAUCCCGAGAAACGGUGCCUCCGGGGACCUACUUCAUGUACACGUCUAGUUUUGCGGGUCAACGAUUUGAGAAAUCAAGUGGAGUCAUUGAAACAUCGGAGCAAACAGACGUUGACGAAACUGGGGCCGACUAUAUUUCAGAUUUCAAGAAUUUCCCUUCUUAUAAUGAUGAAGACGAUGACGACUUUCAAGAAACCAUAUGGAAUCGAGUGGUCUUAAGGUUGUUCACUAUAAUUCGAUCACAAUUCAUUGAAGGCUUCGGAGGGUCUGUGACGGACGCAGCUAGCAUCAACUGGCGAAAGCUUUCAGAUCCAGUUCAACACGAAUUAAUCAGGUCCUACUUCAGCACCGACGGGCUAGAAUACAACCUGAUUAGAGUUCCGAUCGGCGGUGCAGACUUCUCAACCCACCCUUACACUUAUAACGAGCUACCUUGGAACGACGGAGCGCUCACCAACUUUUCACUCAGCGAUGAAGACCUAUUUUAUAAGCUGCCCAUGAUCAAGUUAGCUCAAGAAGCCGCUCCUGAAGAGAUCAAAAUAACGGCCAGCACCUGGUCCCCUCCAGUUUGGAUGAAGACUAACGAGAGAAUCACUGGCUUUGGACAGGUCAAACCAGAGUUCUAUCAGUCGUACGCUGAUUAUCACCUACGAUUCAUUGAAGAAUAUGAUAAAGCCGAAGUGAAGAUCUGGGCUAUUACCACCACUAACGAACCAAUCAACGGUAUUAUUCCCAUAGUGAACUUCAAUUCUUUGGGAUGGACUCCUGCGCAAUUGGGUCGCUGGGUGGCAAACAAUCUUGGUCCUACGAUUAGAAACUCCAAAUACAACCAAACACUUAUUUUGGCUGUGGACGAUCAGCGCUACAUUCUACCAAUCUGGUUGAGAGGGAUGGAGAGAGAAGAUCCCCGUUCUAUUGAGUACAUAGAUGGUAUAGCUAUCCAUUACUACGGUAACUUCGUACCACCAAUCAUUCUAAGCAAGAUCCAGGAACGGUAUCCAGGGAAAAUACUGCUUUCCACAGAAGCUUGUGAAGGACCUAUGCCUUGGGAUCAGAUGAAAGUGGAAGUCGGAUCUUGGGCCCGAGCACGAAGAUACACAACCAGCAUAUUAGAAGAUCUGAACAACCGCGUCGUAGGCUGGAUUGACUGGAACCUAUGCUUGGACCCUGAAGGGGGCCCAAACUGGGCGGACAACUUCGUCGACGCACCGAUCCUUGUGUACGAAGAGAAUGACGAAUUUAUCAAACAACCAAUGUUCUACGCAAUGGGACAUUUCUCCAAGUUCAUCCCAAGAGGGUCAAGGGUCAUCAGAGCGGCUAGACGGAGCCUUGCCACGCUGGAGAACAUUGCUGUGUUGACACCCAGAGAUACCAUUGUUAUGGUCAUACAAAACAGACACACCAGUGAGAGAAAUGUGCGCAUUAACGUCGACCCAUCACGGUUCAUACGGUUCAGGAUGGAGGCGCAAUCUAUAAAAACUAUUGAAAUAAACCCAAAUUCAUAAAAAUAACAA